AGCGCCCUGACCCAGCCCCAGCCCCAGCCCCAGCCGCCGCCGCUCUCCAGCCCGCUCGCCCUCAGCCACACGCGCCAUGGCCGCGGAGACUCACCUGCAAGGAGUCGAGAUCUCAGCCGCCCAGUUUUUCGAGAUCUGGAAUCACUACGACUCUGAUGGCAAUGGGUACCUGGAUGGGAAAGAGCUGCUGAACUUCAUCCAGGAGCUUCAGCAGGCACGAAAGAAGGCAGGAUUGGAAUUAACACCUGAAAUGAAAGCAUUUGUGGACCAGUAUGGGAAAAGUACUGAUGGAAAAAUAGGAAUAGUCGAGCUUGCUCAGAUAUUACCAACAGAAGAGAACUUCCUAUUGUUCUUCAGGUGCCAGCAGCUAAAGUCAAGUGAAGAUUUCAUGCAGACCUGGCGAAAAUAUGACACUGACCAUAGCGGCUUCAUUGACACUGAAGAACUUAAGAGUUUUUUGAAAGAUUUACUACAGAAAGCAAAUAAGCAGAUUGAUGAUUCCAAGCUAACAGAAUACACCGAAAUAAUGCUGAAGAUGUUUGAUUCAAACAAUGAUGGAAAGCUGGAACUUACUGAAAUGGCCAGUUUACUACCAGUGCAGGAAAACUUUCUUCUUCAAUUUAAGAGUGUCAAAAUGUGUGGGAAAGACUUCAAUAAAGCUUUUAAGCUGUAUGAUCAAGAUGGCAAUGGAUACAUAGAUGAAAAUGAAUUAGAUGCAUUACUGAAAGAUCUGUGUGCAAAGAACAAAAAGGACUUAGACAUUAACAACCUGGAAACAUACAAGAAAAACAUCAUGGCCUUGUCUGAUGGAGGAAAGCUUUACCAAAGAGAACUUGCUCUUAUUCUUUCUGCCGAGCAGGAUUAGAGACCUCCUGUCACUUCAGUUGAACUAGUGAUAUACUGUAUCAACACAAUAACUGUGCACUAUAAGGGAGUAGCCUGUACUUUCUUUUAUAUCUGUAAAUUUAAACCGCAUAUAAAAUUAGCCAUGAUGUGUGGCACAUUCUUUUCAGUCUGUUUCUAUACUGUUUGUAAUGUACAGUUUUUGUAAUUAUAAGAUUGAUAAAGAGAAUGUCUGUUUGGGCCAGUCUGUAUAUUCAAGAAGAAACUAAAAGACUUUUUUUGCUUUCAUAAAAAUGGCUGGAGAAAAAUUUAAAAUUCUGCUGAGACUGUUUUGUUCAUCAUAUCCUUUGACACUUGCAACAUUUCUGUUCAAUUACACAUAUUAAGUAAAAGCCCUGAGAGCUCUUUCAGUGCAUGACUAAAUACAGGUUUUUAAAUGCAGAACGUAAAGAUGCUGUUUUCAAGUAGGAAAGAUGACCAGGGAUGUUUGAACUGAAAGAUUUACCAAGCUGGUGAGAAAUAUUUUCAGUAGUCUGACUAGCUACUUGCAAAUCUAUGCUCCUUGCAAUUUUGCAGUAAACGAGGAGAGCUUACGAACUUAUAGCAUACAGACAUAACAGCUAUAAAGAGCAGAUAUCUGGAACAGCUGCCAGUGCUGCUGUUCACAAACAAUGUUAUUUUCCAUUUAGCUGUUGUUUAAUUUCACUAAAUUUAAACAAGGUGAUAAGCACCUAAGAAAUACAAGAGACAGAGCUUCUUGACAAACCUUUACUCUAUUGUGGAAACCUGGCUAAACUACAGAUAGGAUAAUUAAUACACACAUUCGCAUAAUACAAUAAGUGUAACUCAUGAAAAUUGCUGUGUCAGAGAAUAUGACAAUCCAUUUUCUAAACUAUUUGCACAUAUUGCAGGUUAAAAUUAUUGUAGUAAACUGCUGUUUUUAAAUCAUAUUCGGUGUAACCUAUAAUUAAAUUUAAUAUACUAAGACUA